GAGCCCACCUCUUCCUGUCGGUGUCAGAAAGGCAACUUCACCAUAUUUAGCUGGCUUGCCGAAGCCCCGCGGAGUUGAUCUGUCAACCAGACUGCAUAUCUUGACACUUAUCGGCGAAUACUGCCCGGUGCUGACAGCUUUAUUUUGGCACCGGGAUACAAACUACAGAAGACGAUGUCAUUGGGAUAUGGCACUGGGGAAACGGGGCCGUGACAACGGCUGUUUUUAACCCGAUAAAAGUAACAUUAGACGUCUGUCAGAAUUCCAACUAACGUUAACGUUAUCUGACAGCCGAGCUAGCUAGUCAGCUAAUUACUGGAGCUACCCCGACGUUCGCUGUCCAGUAGACACGAAUUUAUGUCGUCUCUGUUAAUGUACAUAAUUCGGUAAGAAUUCAUUUGGACUCAGUGACCCCGCUAUGAUGAUAUCCUGACAGUUCCUCUCUAGCGGGCUAACUUGGCUAACUAGCAGGUUUGCACUGCCAUAGUGUCGCGUUGAACAGCCAGAAGCUUUCGCCGUGGCAGUGGAAUCCGAUUGGAUACGUUGACCGUGCGCGAACGGUGGUGGGCCGACACGGGGGCGCCGAAGACCCCCCGGCCGGCAAAAAACGACCGUACCGAAGGGCCCCUGUUGACAUUCUGCUGGGAGAGGAGCUACCAGAGAGCAGGGCACUCGGCCACUCAGCGCGGCAGAGGCGGCGCACUGCCGAAGGAGACACCGGAUUAAACGGAGGAAGAGUCCCAAACGUUUGACUACUGUGAUCCGGGAAGUGAUCCGGACAGAGACCUCAUGAAUGGAAAUCGGAACUACAGGAGCCGUUGGGGCCCAGUCCCUGUUCGCCAUGCCUCGGCGGCCUGGCUAUGGCACCAUGGGGAAGCCCAUCAAACUGCUGGCCAACUGCUUCCAGGUGGAGAUCCCCAAGAUGGAUGUCUACCUCUACGAGGUAGACAUCAAGCCUGACAAGUGCCCUCGGCGAGUCAACAGGGAGGUGGUUGACUCAAUGGUACAGCACUUUAAGGUGACAAUCUUUGGGGAUCGCAGGCCAGUCUAUGAUGGAAAGAGGAGCCUGUACACAGCCAACCCACUGCCUGUGGCACCCGCAGGGGUGGACCUGGAUGUCACUCUACCAGGGGAGGGAGGGAAAGAUCGCCCUUUCAAAGUUUCCAUCAAGUUUGUGUCUCUGGUCAGCUGGCAUAUGCUCCACGAGGUGCUGACUGGCCGCAGCAUGCCCGAGCCCCUGGAGCUGGACAAGCCCAUUAGCACCAACCCUGUGCAUGCUGUGGAUGUGGUGCUGCGCCACCUGCCCUCCAUGAAGUACACUCCGGUGGGCCGAUCCUUCUUCUCUGCUCCAGAGGGCUAUGACCAUCCCCUGGGAGGUGGGAGGGAGGUUUGGUUCGGCUUCCAUCAGUCCGUGCGCCCUGCCAUGUGGAAGAUGAUGCUUAACAUUGAUGUGUCUGCCACCGCCUUUUACAAAGCCCAGCCAGUCAUCCAGUUCAUGUGUGAAGUGCUGGACAUCCACAACAUAGACGAGCAGCCUCGCCCACUCACAGACUCGCACCGGGUCAAAUUCACCAAAGAAAUCAAAGGUUUGAAGGUAGAGGUGACGCACUGUGGAACCAUGCGGAGGAAGUACCGCGUCUGCAAUGUGACCCGUCGGCCUGCCAGCCAUCAAACGUUCCCUCUACAGUUGGAAAAUGGUCAAACAGUAGAGCGCACUGUAGCCCAGUACUUUAGGGAAAAGUACAACCUGCAGCUGAAGUACCCACAUUUGCCCUGUCUACAAGUGGGACAGGAGCAAAAGCACACAUACCUACCCUUGGAGGUGUGUAACAUUGUAGCAGGUCAACGAUGCAUCAAGAAGCUGACAGAUAAUCAGACCUCCACUAUGAUCAAAGCCACAGCUCGCUCCGCUCCCGACAGGCAGGAGGAGAUCAGCAGGCUGGUACGCAGUGCCAACUACGAGGCGGACCCUUUUGUGCAGGAAUUCCAGUUCAAGGUGCGCGACGAGAUGGCCCAUGUGACGGGGCGAGUGCUACCCGCCCCCAUGCUGCAGUACGGCGGCAGGGUGAGCACAGAGCACUUUAUGAACCGCACUGUAGCCACGCCCAGCCACGGGGUGUGGGACAUGAGGGGGAAGCAGUUCCACACCGGGGUGGAGAUCAAGAUGUGGGCCAUCGCCUGCUUCGCCACGCAAAGGCAGUGUCGAGAAGAAAUACUAAAGGGUUUCACAGACCAGCUACGUAAGAUUUCUAAGGAUGCUGGGAUGCCCAUCCAGGGCCAGCCAUGCUUCUGUAAAUACGCCCAGGGAGCUGACAGCGUGGAGCCCAUGUUCAGACACCUGAAGAACACCUACGCCGGACUGCAGCUCAUCAUCGUCAUUCUGCCGGGAAAGACUCCUGUCUAUGCUGAGGUAAAGCGUGUGGGAGACACCCUCUUGGGCAUGGCCACGCAGUGUGUCCAGGUGAAGAACGUGGUGAAGACGUCCCCUCAGACCCUGUCCAACCUCUGCCUCAAGAUCAACGUGAAGCUGGGAGGCAUCAACAACAUCCUGGUGCCUCACCAACGACCAUCAGUGUUUCACCAGCCAGUUAUCUUCCUGGGAGCAGAUGUGACACAUCCGCCUGCUGGAGAUGGGAAGAAGCCUUCAAUUGCAGCAGUGGUAGGCAGUAUGGACGCCCACCCCAGCAGAUACUGUGCCACUGUGCGGGUCCAGAGGCCCAGGCAGGAGGUUAUCCAGGACCUCGCCUCCAUGGUGCGGGAAUUGCUGAUCCAGUUCUACAAGUCAACCCGCUACAAGCCCACCAGGAUCAUUUUCUACAGGGAUGGAGUAUCAGAAGGCCAGUUCAGACAGGUGCUGUAUUACGAGCUGCUGGCCAUUCGUGAGGCCUGUAUCAGCCUGGAGAAGGAGUACCAGCCAGGCAUCACCUACAUUGUUGUGCAAAAACGCCACCAUACACGCCUCUUCUGUGCCGACCGCAACGAGAGAGUUGGACGUAGUGGAAACAUUCCUGCUGGUACUACCGUGGAUACGGACAUCACACAUCCCUACGAGUUUGACUUUUACCUCUGCAGUCACGCUGGAAUACAGGGCACCAGUCGGCCCUCCCACUACCAUGUACUGUGGGACGACAAUUGUUUUACAGCUGACGAGUUCCAGCUGCUCACCUACCAGUUGUGCCACACCUACGUGCGCUGUACCCGCUCCGUCUCCAUCCCUGCGCCAGCCUACUACGCCCACCUGGUGGCCUUCCGUGCCCGCUACCAUCUGGUGGACAAAGAACAUGACAGCGCUGAGGGCAGCCAUGUGUCUGGUCAGAGUAACGGUCGGGACCCCCAGGCACUGGCCAAAGCUGUUCAGAUUCACCACGACACCCUGAGGACCAUGUACUUCGCCUAAGCUAAACCAACCCUCCCCAACAAUUGCCGCCCUUUACACACACACAUUAACACACACAGACGCAACCAUGCACACUUGGCUUGCCAAUCGAGGAGUCCUCAUAUGUGCAAGUCCCAACCCCCCACCCCCCUACAUGCCUAGUCAAUCCGGACCUGACACUGUGCAGAGGAAAGCAAGGAGGAGGGAGGGGAGGAGGCACCCCUACACUGGACAGAGGAUGCAAACGCUGCUUUAAAAACAAACGAGAGAAACUCAGCACUAUUAUGCAAUAUUAAACCAGCCAACUAGUUAAUUUUCACCCUUAUUAGGCCCCCUUUCCAUUGCCCUCUCCUGUCUGUUCUUCCCUGUGUCUCCUUUACUCGUGGCUUAGUGAGUGUUUUUCUUGUUUGUUUUUUACUUUUGCUUCCCUUUGGCACAGUCUUUGUGUGCAGUCUGCUAAUCUGCUCCUUUGCCAGCUACAGUACCUCAAGUCAGUUUGAGCAGCAGCACUUUUACAUUGUGUUGACUCUCCCUAGUGUUUCCGAAGAGGGAGCAGAGAAGAAGCAAGGGUCAGACUCUGGAGUCGGUGUUUGAUAUCUUUUUGAAUAUAGUUGUUUCAUAUGACCAGAGGUCCUCCCAGUUUCCUCUUGUUUCCUCUUUUCUGUCACUUUCCCCUAGUGUGUGAAAUCACCAAUGUCUUGUAUGGAGCAACAUGUUCUUUUGAGCACACUGCCACCUGUUGGCGACGAGGUAUAAAUGCCCCUUUAAAGUCACAACAACGAGUUGUUGUCUUAUAAGGUUUCAGAUCAGUUUUGAUUUCUCUUCAGCAGCCAGCUGUCACAUUUAAACAGGCAGUUUAUAUUGGCUGAUACGUCAAUUGCAGCCAUCUAUGAAUUUUUAUUUAAAGUAUUAACACUGUUAUUUGAUUCUGGUUGUUAUUUUCUUCUACAUUAUGUGAAACAUUUUAUGAUUCUGACUAUUUUUAAAUCAUUUAAACAGUGUACGCUUAUGUUUUUAAUCUUAGUAGUCAUGUCUUGCAUUCGUUUCCCUCAGUGCUUUAUCUCACAUGUCCCUCUUAUGAGUUUGAGGUUGUGGUUAAAUAGAGAUUACAUCAAUGGUUUCCUCUUGUGCAAUAAAACAGUUGAACGAAGGGAAGGGGACUUAAGGGGACGUAAAAUGAUUUGAAAGUGAGUGUCCUCGAAAGGAGAACGGUUUGCCACUCGUUAGACACUUUCAUGUGUGUUCCUCUGUGAGAUGAUUGAUCAGCAUGUUUUAUUAGUUUGCCCUUGGUUUUGGGCGAAUAUGGUGCAACUGCAGGUGAUGUUCAUGUUUUUACUUGAAUUGAAGGAUUUUGUGCUCCUCUGUGGUGUGUGAGGCUACUCUAUCAUCAUUGGGCAUGAUUUCAUUAUUCCUGAUCAUCAGUUUGCUAAUGUGGCUGAUUUUCUUAAUUCCUAAGAGUAACAAAGGUUUUCACCUCACGGCAGCAAAGUAGAGUAUAAAGGCCAUAAAGAGGUAUUAUUCAAGUGCCUGGUGGAAGUUAAGUGUCAAAUGGUCAAAAGCUGCAUAACUUGUUGUAGGGAUCUUAGUUUUAUUUAAAAAUAAAACCAAUUCCAACAGAUGGACAGAUUAAGAUGGUUUAAAGCUAGAAAGUUUCACCGAUGCCUCUUAUUCUCCUGACUUUUCUACACAUCUCAUUCAAAUCAUCCUAAAUUCAAUAUAUUUAUUGUUGCCUGUACAGCAGUGUUAGCUGUUGGCUUUGCUUUGGAGCAGUGUUCAAGCAAAGCAGGCCAAGUCGUGUUUUUGCUUAAUCUUCACCAGACAUGGGUCCAGCUGCUACAGUGUGUUUGUAUCCAAAAGGCCGGGUUCCUGGGCAUGGAGUCAGCCUCGUCAUAAAUUAACUCUUUCUUUCAAUAGAAAUACUGAGUCCAGGACUGCAGGUUUCUUUCCUGUCCAUGUAACCCGGCCCAAAGUUGUGACUGGCUUCAGAACAAUGCUGAGGAGUUAAGUUAGACAGCUGACUAAUAAUAUGACAUGUGCACCUGGAUUGUAGUCGCAACUUGGCUCCUUUGUGCUGCUGAAGCCAGUCUGGGGGGGUGUUUUUAAAAGUUAUCUGCACUAAAAGAAGCUGUGUUUCGGGACUGAACACAGGCGAGGUGCUACUCUGUCUGAAUUAGAAUCUGAAGCUGAACGUCUAUGAGACUCUGGAUGAGUUGGCGGGUAGGGAAGUAGAAAAGAAACCCUGUAAAUCUCAUUCGCUUAAGGACAGGAGAAUGUCCUACUGCUAUGGUUUGAGGGAGAUUUAGGAUUUUACUCGAUGGAUUUGAUCAGCAGUGAGAACCUGUCAAACGGUACAGUGGCAGAAAGAAUUAUACCUCACUGACCCUGGUGACAGUGAGGUAUAUUGUAGGGUUCUGCAUCCGCUGUUGCAUUUGCGUUUGCAGCCUUGCACUGUGGAAGCCAGUGGGUUUGAGCCUUCAUGAUUUCACUAGUGUCUGAAAGCCUUUUUAAAAGCUAGAUCAAAAAUAUAUUUGUACAUUUGAAAUGAUGUGAUGCACACCACUUAUUUUUGCUAACAGAAAAAAAGUAGUCUAAUUAUUAACCUUAGUAAUAAAUGUAUCAUGAUAAGUAAUGCUUAAAAAUGUAGAAUAACAAAGUUUUAUUAUUGCAAUAGACUGUCGACUAGUUCCUGUGUAUGACGUAUAGUUUAUGUGUGAACUGUCAUACUGUUAUUGAUAGGGAUGUGGACUUAAACCGCCUCUUGCUUUUGAUGUUUUUUUUUGGGGGGGGGGGGGGGGGAGCUGCAAGAUGUUGAAUGCUUAUUUCUCUGUGUGUUGAUGCUCAUACAGCCAGAGGUUUGUCGUAGAGGAAAGAAUCUCAAGAGAGAAAAUAUUACAUACUGUACUGCGGGAAAGGCUUUGUGUUAAGACGUUGCAUCCCUAGUGUGAUGACGGUAGGAUAGAAGAAAAGUCGAUUGAUAUAUUGAGCAGCGUCUGCUCUCGAAUGUUCCCGGGUUUUCUCUCCAAGUGGUGCUGAAGCCUGCUCCUUAUCAGGAGGGAGAGUGAAAAGAAAUGGGCAAGUGGUUUUGAAAGUGUUGUUGAUCCAUUUCAAAGACACGUGUGAUCAAAGAAUAGUGUAACAAUGGGUAGUACUUCUCAUUUUCAGUUCAUUCCAUUGUGUUAAAGCCUCGGGGGAUUUACGUCGGAUUGCAACCUCUGGUGCUUUCCUCAGACUCCUCUCUCUACCCGAAGCACUUCAUGUGCUCACAAAUACAAACCGUUACCCUGCCGGUAAAUCUGUGGUGUGACAAAGCCUGUAAUCUUGUUGCUCUCUUUCCCCUUUGCUCCCGAACAUUUACUCUCCUGUGCCAGGGGACUACAUUCCACAGCUGUACAAUCCCAUCUGAUCCCCCUUGGAAGCAUGUGAGAGAUUAGGGUUGAAGGGCAGUUUUGGGGUCUGGUCAGUAGUCGGUUCUGUUAUUCAUUCAAGUACGCAUGGUUGGAUGGAAUCAAAGCUGACCAACAAUAAUUUUUUGAGGCAGGUUACGUUGGAAGUUGAACAAGUCUGGAGGUUGACAUUCUAGAAUUUAUAAUCCAUUAUUGACUCCCUAUCUUUGCUGUCGUUAAUGGAUUUUUUUUUUACUUUGUGUAUAAACUACACACCUGAGGGCAGUUGAACACAUGUUUACAUAGCAGAUGUGUUUUGCUCGCUUACAACUGAAAUGUCAUCAGCUCUGCCUUGCAAAUAUCAGCCAGUAGAGACGUGACCUAACAUGAGCCAAGACCAUUUUGGACCUGUGGAAGUGAACGCUUGAAGGGAUAUAAAGACAUUAUUUAUUUGGUCAAUUUGUCAGACAGACAUCCGUGUAACACGGCAGGGAAAUAGACUUGUUUGUCCUUCCAGUUCUAUUAAAUUACUUUUUAGACUUGAUUGAAAUGAAAGGGUACACUUUCACUUAGGUUACAAUUAGUACUGCUGUUUGCCAGCAACACAGACUUUAAAAGUCUUUCUAUGGAAGCUAAAGAACAAACAUUGUGCCCAUAAAGUGACAACUGUCUGAUGAAGAAGAAUAGCUAAAUUAACUCCAAUAGGUCAUUGUCUCAAUUUUUGAAAUGAAAAAGAAGGGGUAUUUCAUUUUGAGGAAUAGAUCAAUAUCCCUGAUUUUGGUUGCGCUCUAUUUGCAGUAGAAGGUCGCAAUGGAGUGCGAAAAAGUCCACAGAAAGUGCCUUUCCUCAUGAUGGUGCUGUAAAUUGAAAGGUAAAAUGUAAACUCAAAGAAAUAGAAUCUCCUUUUCAAGAACACAUUGCAGUGCAGAAACUGCUGCAUUCUCACACACACGGACACACACACACACACACACAUACACACACACACACACACACACACAGUACACUUUGUUUUUUAGGGAGGGCAAUGCAAACUUGUGUUUCUAUGUAUUUAGACAUUAAGCCUAUAUAUAAAUAGAAUAUAUGCCAAGUAUAUGGUUGUGAUUGAGCUUUCGCUUCCUAGUGCAUUUAGUGUCUUGGACCAAUGGUGUCGUUGGUACAGUGGAAUGUGCAUUUGGAAGGGUGGGUGUUGGGGCAGUUUGAGGUCAUAGCUGACAAAAGCAUGGUGUGACACAGCCCAGCCCACGAAUGACAAACAUAUUAGCACAGCACUUUAGAGACUGCAACUCUCACUCAGACACAUAGCCAAGAGGUUUUGAUCUCUGUUCCUUCAUUCCCCUUCUUCCUCCCCAGGAGGAGGAGAGGGUCCAAACCUCAGUGUAAACGAGUCAAAGGGAUGUGUGUUACCAAACCAAGCAGUCGGUCAUUAAAAGUGUGCCUCAUGCUCUUGUUACUUUGUUGGUGGCUCGGUUGAGUCAGCCUGGUCUCGGGUGGUGCUUUUCCCUCUGGAGUUACCACUCAACCCUUUUGUUACAGCUAGGGCUGGGUGUCAAAACACGAUAUUGGAUAAGAAAGCAGUCAGGAGAUUUUUACAACAGCGGAUUCUUGCACUGAGAGGCAAGGUUUUCUUCUUGAAGGGCAUUUUUAUUAGGAAAAUCCUCAGUGGGUUAGGAAACUUCUUGAAAAAGCAUAAAUGACAAACUAAUUUGUCUGUUGCACAGUGAAGUAUGUUUUUAUCCAAGUGUCAUUUUACAGCGGGUAUAAAGAUGAAAUAAACAGAACCAGUGUCAGUAUUUAAACUUUUCUCAAGAUGCCCAGCCCUAAUAGCAGCCCAUGGCAUUCUUUUAUCUAAGUGCAAUGCCCUGCCAUGUGUCUUGUCCCUGAUGGGGGGGAAUGUGUGCCCAGCAGUAUCCCUGUCUGGCGCUGUUAGGGUGUUGACUAAAAACCAACGGUGUGUCUGUAGUUCUGUGGGUACCUUUUCAGUCCAGGGGGUGACAUCUUUCUAUUACAAGAGAUCUCAAAAAAACACUGCACCUCACUUACCUUGGUAUGCUGCAUAUGUUAUACUACAUGAAAGAAAACUGCAAAUUGCUUUUAUUAUGACAUAUAAUGCUUGAGUAAUGCCUGAUUGCGAUAUUCUUAUACGUAACUAUUUUAGAGUCAAAAUAAGUAUAACUGUAAAAAAAAAUAUUCUUUGUUUUGUCUUAACACUUAUCCGAUUUUGAGAAACUGUUCUUGAGCCGACUUUUAUUUUGUUGUCCUAUUUAAAUGUGUCGUUCUUUAAAUUUAUAUAUGAAAUAUAGUAUAUGCGGAAUAUUUUAUGGUGUAUUUAUUGAGCGCUUGGAGCAUUCAAGCGGUUGGAGUCUCCGCAUCAUAUUGCAGCAUGGUGGGGGCGGAGCCAGGUGGAUGAGGCCUUUAGCCCCUCCCCCUCCAUGUUGACGCCUUAUUCUCCAAGACACGCAAGCACAACAAUAUGGAGGGGGUGCGAGGUGGUGGAAUGGGGAGUUUGACAUGGUGAUAUUUACAGGUCAACUCUCCCUCCUCCGUUAACCUCUUUUACCACCUGAGAAGGCCGUAUGCCAACCCCCACAUGUUGCAGUUCAUCUCUUGAUGAAGGGAACCAUUUCUGAAACCCCACUGACCUGAGUGUGGAAUAGCUGACUCUUUUUUCAUCCCACGCUGCUAAUUGGUACGUUAGCCAUGUAAAUACCCCGAGCCAGUAAUAACAGCAGGGGGGAGAGUGUAAAAUUAAAAUUAAAAAAAGUAACUGGGGAAGGAAGAAAAUAUGUUUAAAAGGCAGAAUUUUUGGGCUCAUGGUGAAAAUGUUAGCAUUGCUUCUUUCCUCUUAAGUUCUUUUUUUUUUUUUUUUUUUUUUUUUUUUUUCUUGUGCCAGAACAAUUUUCAUCAGGAACAGGUCUCAUUCCACAAGAAAAGACAUGCCUCAGCCUUAAGUGCGUUCUUACAUUAUCGUCAGUUUCCUACACUAUGUCACUUUGUGAUGCCUGUGUUGGGUGGCCUACCAACAAUACAAGCCUUUAACGUACUUGACAUGUCCUCAAUCCCCAACUGGCAUUCUCAUUUCUCAUGUAAACCACUAACACUGCUACAGAACUUACUGAACUCUAUUGUACGAACAAAUGUAAGCUUUGACAGAUUGCUCCGUCCCAUUCGUAAUGAUGUCAGAACAGAAACAAGGUUCGGGGUCAAACAGCAUUUGGAAACAAUUCUUGGCUUUUGUCUUGACCUGACGAGCAGUGCUUACUGCCUCAGGACAAUUCAGAUAUCAUAAACAUUCUGAAUGACAUGAAGACAUUUGCUAACUUGAAUUUCAUGUACACCCCUCUGUGUAUGUGUAUGCUUAUUGGUUAUCAUUAUAUUGUCAUUGAUGGCAAAUGCAAAGAACAAUAUUCCAGAUACAGUUUGACCCGGGCCUGACAUGAACCAGGAGUGCUGGAUUACAGAAACCUGUGCCUGUAUAAUGAACCAAGGAUGAACUGCGUUUUGAUGAAUUGCUGUUCUUUUUAUUUUAUUUUUUUGUUGGAUGUCCCCUCACCCCAUUGGAGUAUCAGAGACAUGGAGCUUUUGAGUGUUGUCAAUUCUGUCCGAAAGGAAAUUGGUCCUCUAUUCUUUAAACCGACCAUAAUCUUGGUUUAAUACAUGUUUACUGUAAUGUUUACUCUCAUGGCUAUCAGACCUGAUCAACCUGUUUUUUGUCCCAUUAGCAUUCCAAUAAUGACUUUGAACCAAAUAUUGCACAAGAGAUUAGGCUCCUGGUGCCGUUUUCCCCUUGUAUACACAUAAUGGAUUUGAAGACAGAUAUUUGAGAGUAUUUAAAACAUUUUAUGUGCACGCUGAUUGUUCAGAUUAUUAUUUUUUUUUUCAAUGUAGCACCACUCUUGUGUUGGUUUUAUUUCAAUCUAAAGAUCUUGGACUCUGAUACCUCCUGAGUGAUGCACCAGCAAACGGAUGUAUACGUUGAACAGUGAACCUUUACCACCAGAUGAUCCAUGUCUCAGUCUCUCUGUAUGUUGCAAAGGCUCUCUUGUACCAACAGCUCUAUUCCUCUCAGUUUUAAAUGUAUUUUUUUUGUAACUCUCUCUUAUAAGUUGUUGGCCUUUUUAGUGUUGCUUUGCUUUGUUUGUUUAGUGUUGUCAGUUUGAAGUGUAUCUUUCACUAAUACUUGCAAUAAAAUGCUUUGCUUUA